GGCGCUUCCGCACGCGCCGCCGCGGGGAGCCCGCAGUCGGGCCGCUGGCCAUGGAGCGGCGGCUGAGGUCGCCGCUUCGGCUCUGGCUGCUGCUGCUACUCUUGUCCCCGGGACAGGGCCGCCAGAAGGAGUCAGGUUCAAAAUGGAAAGUGUUCAUUGAUCAGAUUAACAGGUCUUUGGAGAAUUAUGAACCAUGUUCAAGUGAGAACUGCAGCUGCUACCGUGGUGUCAUUGAAGAGGAUCUGACACCUUUCCGAGGAGGUAUCUCCAGGAAGAUGAUGGCUGAAGUAGUCCAGCGGAAGCUCGGGACCCACUAUCAGAUCAUUCAGAACAGGUUAUACCGGGAAAAUGACUGCUUGUUCCCCUCCAGGUGUAGUGGCGUGGAGCACUUUAUUUUGGAAAUUAUUGGGCGCCUCCCUGACAUGGAGAUGGUGAUCAAUGUACGAGAUUAUCCUCAGGUUCCUAAAUGGAUGGAGCCUGCUAUCCCAGUCUUCUCCUUUAGUAAGACAUCCGAAUACCACGAUAUCAUGUAUCCUGCUUGGACGUUCUGGGAAGGGGGACCUGCUGUUUGGCCUAUUUAUCCCACAGGCCUUGGACGAUGGGACCUCUUUAGAGAAGACCUGAUAAAGGCAGCAGCACAGUGGCCAUGGAAUAAGAAAAAUUCUACAGCAUAUUUCCGAGGAUCAAGGACAAGUCCAGAACGAGAUCCUCUCAUCCUUCUAUCUCGGAAAAAUCCAAAACUUGUUGAUGCAGAGUAUACCAAAAAUCAGGCCUGGAAAUCUAUGAAAGAUACUUUGGGGAAGCCAGCUGCUAAAGAUGUUCAUCUUGUAGAUCACUGCAAAUACAAGUAUCUGUUUAAUUUCCGGGGUGUCGCUGCAAGCUUCCGGUUCAAACACCUAUUCCUGUGUGGUUCACUUGUUUUCCACGUGGGUGAAGAGUGGCUGGAAUUCUUUUAUCCACAACUGAAGCCAUGGGUGCACUAUAUCCCAGUCAAAACAGAUCUCUCCAAUGUCCAGGAGCUAUUGCAGUUUGUAAAAGCAAACGACAAUAUAGCUCAAGAAAUUGCUGAGAGGGGAAGCCAAUUUAUCUUGAACCACUUGCAGAUGGAUGACAUCACCUGUUACUGGGAGAACCUCUUGACUGAAUAUUCUAAAUUCCUGUCCUAUAAUGUAACAAGAAGGAAAGGCUAUGAUCAGAUUACUCCCAGAAUUUUGAAGACUGAGCUCUAAUAGUUGUGGUACCACAGCCAUCUCCAUAGCUGCAGAUCACAGAUGUCCAAUGGUGAACAGCAUACCAUGAACGUGGCACCUGUACUUGGAAUACCAUUUAUCAAGCCAAAUAUCUCUUUUUCCUUAUCAUGCUGCACUCAGCACAACUCAAGAUUCAGAAUGUGUAUAGGACACGGCUGUGAAGCAGCUCAACCCUUACACUGAAGGACCAGAAAUCCUAAUGUGGAUUCUGAACCCGAUUCUACCUUUCAUUGUCUUGCAAUCAGUCACAGCUUGUGCCUGAGAUCAUCCAUGUGUGUGUUUGUCACUAUGAAACUGACUCUGUCCAUGUGAAGAUGCCUCAGGUCCCAUCAUUGGAAGCAGAAAAUUCAUAUGGAAUCAGUACAACCCAUUAUUCCCAGUUUUUUUAAUUUAUUCAGGAUUGACUUCUGUUACUUUGUUUAAUGUAGAACCUUGUAGGGUGUGUGAAAAAUCCUUGGGGGGGGCUCUUUCCCUUAAAGGUCUAAGGAAGCAGUUGCUGUGCCAUGCAAAGAUGUAGGAGUUAUCUUUUAUGAAAGCAGAAACUCCAUGGUACUCAGGAGGUUUCUAUAAUGCCACAUAGAAAGGUACCAAUUGCAUGAGUAAUUACUGCAACUGGAUUUCAAAUUUCCUGAUCGUGCCUUUAUUCCCUUCCUAUUUUCUAAAGGAAAAGACACACAACCUCUUAAUAAAUUUAGGAAUUAGUUCUCACUCUGUAAAGAAACUGUGUUAGAACAACACCUCUUUUUUAUCCUUUGCACACCCACAGUUAUUUUUCCUUCUUAAAUUGGCAGUAUCAGGAGCUGGCAUUGUAGUGUGGUGAAUUAAGCCACUGCCUACCACCUGGCAUCCCACAUCAGGGAUGGUUUAAGUCCCAGCCUCUCCUCUUCCAGUCCAGCUUCCUGAUAAUAUAUCUGAGGAGACAACAAGAGAUGGCCUCAGUACUUGGGCCCCUGCUACCCAUGUGGGAGACCUGGAUGGAGUUGUUGGCUCCUGACUUUGUACUGGCCCAGAUCUGACUAUUAUGGCCGUUUGGAGUUGACCCAGGAGGUAGGUGAUCUCCUUUGUGAGUGACAGAGACCCAGGUACCUGAGGCAUCAUUUGCUGCCUUGCAGGGUGAACAUUAGCAGAAAACUGGAAUCUGAAGUAGAGCUGGGUUUUGAACCAAGACAUCCCAAUAUAGACUUAGGGAGUCCCAAGCAGUCUUUAUUGCUGAGUCAAACAUCAACCCAUUUCAUUUGUGUUUUUGAAUAUUAACAAUUCCCAGGAAAAAAGCCUUAGGAAGUCUGGUAGUAAGCAGUCCAGAUGUCUGAAAUGUACUGUGUUUUUGUCUUGUUACUGUGUGGCUCUGUUAGAUGGAAUUCUCUAUAAUUCAAUUUUCUUCUCACUUAAGUAACAGCACAAUUUGCUGUCCCUU